AUGAACCACCAACAGCAGCCCUUCGAGUUUGUGAGAAAGGUCACAAGUACUACGAGCACCACAACAGAGGAACUGUUUGUGGCUUUGUACAACCCAAACAUUCCGCCACCAAUUGGGCCGACAACUGUUCCCCUGUUCCCCCCACCCCCACAACCUCAACCACCACAGCCACUUGCGCUCCUUAACCCACCCCCAACCCCUCCUCAACCUCAAUUCAAUCAACAUGUCACGGUCCCUCACCCCCCUCAACCACCUCAACCUCAAAUGAACCACCACCAACAUGCUGCCUUCUCGUAUCCUCCUCACCCACCUCAACCUUAUCACCGUGCUGCUCUUCCUCGUCAUCAUCAGCCACCUCCAUGCCACCACCAAGCCACCCUUGAGCAUGCAGGACCAAUUGAUAUGACAGUUGGAAAGUCGCCCAAGUCCACCUACAUUUGCUGCAACAGCAGGCAGUAG